CUUUUUAAAAUUUCUCACUCCAUGGGAGCUAUGAACGGACUGCGUAAGCACUUCACGAUGGGACUGGUGCUACUGAUGUGCACGCUUACCGGCCACUGCGGCGAGAGCGCGCCCUCGGCGGCCCCGGCGACGGCGGCAGUCGGCAGGGACGCGCAGCAGAGCUUGAGGCGGAUGGUAGAGAUCGUGAAACAUGUGGAGGAGAGCCGGGGUCGACACAGCGCGAAAACGGAAGCCCCGUUAACAUCACACGUGAAGACAUCUCCGGUGGAGCCAAAGGAUUUACGCAACUUGAAAACAGACAGAGGAGAUCAGGCUGUCGUUGUAUUCCCCAGAGAUCUCAGAAAGAAGGAGAAAUUCCUAAAACAUAUAACAGGUCCACUCUACUUCAGUCCCAAGUGCAGAAAGCAAGUGUACAGAGUCUACCACCACACCAGAGACUGCACGAUACCUGCCUACUUCAAAAGAUGUGCGCGGCUUCUCACGCGGCUAGCUGGCAGCCUGCAGUGCACAGAGGGGUAGCACACACAAGGCUGAAGCCAAACACGAGUUCUCCAGAAGAAAAAAAAAACACACUUGGAAAAAAAAAGUGCCUUGGACAGUGAGAGGGAAGCCUAAAAUACUUUGACCAUCCCCAACUGAUAUUAGGCACAGUAUUGUCCUUCAGUGAGGUCUGCUCUGCUAAGGCGUGGAUUACUGGCACCCAUCGCUCUGCCUGGACCUCGAUGGUUAGCUGUCACCAUGAGGGAGCAACCAGGUAAUAAAACCAGACCAAGAUAAAGACAGUGAAACUGAAGAGUGGAGAAGAAAACGAGAAACAAGUGGCUGAAAGAAACAAUCAUGGGGACUUUUUUUCCUGCUGGCAUCCAAAAAGAUGUGGCUAAAACAAAAAAAACAACAACAAAAAAACAAAAAAAGGGAUUGCAUAUUUUUAUUUUGCCCAUUUCUUUAAGAAAAGAGCAAAAUCCAAAUGUACUAUUUUCAGUAUGACUCGCCUUCUGUGAUUGGUUUGCUCUGAAUGAGUGUUUCAGGUUGAGCCCAUCCCUUAUACUACUGCACUACCUAUUAGACAAACAGCAGACAAAAAGCUUUCACACUCACACACACACACACACACACACACACACACACACACAAACACACACACACUCCCCGGCUGACGGUCACAGCAUAGUUUCACCCACUUGUGCUCACACUGAGAAAGUACUGUGAUUAAAUUAUUAAUUGCAUGAACAUUUCUCUGCAUCUUUGCGAGACAUGUUCAAAAACAAGCGGCGGUUGUUAAGUCACAGCCCUCCUGUGGAUCUCGGUAGAACGUGGUACAGUCUACAUUUAUUUGUAUGAGGUGUCACAAGGUUCCACUGUACAUAAUGUAGGCCAUGACCAUUUAAACCAGGAGAAACAUGUACAUACUGUAAGACGAAAGCAUAAGAGGAACCCACCUAUCUACCAUAAAUUAAAGUG